GUAGGAUGUUACGCUGUCGGAGCAGAGUUGCAGGGAAUUCUUGACAAUGAUGUCAAAGUUGGAAGCGUGGAUGAAUGUGUGAUCCACUGCAGGGAAUACGAAUACGCAGCCAUCACUAGUGGACGAAGCUGUUACUGCAGCCAUGAUGUCCAAGAUAUUUCGAGAUUGGAUAAUGAAGACUGCGACACCAGAUGUCACGGCAAUCCUUGCCAAAAAUGUGGAGCAAAAGCCGGCUACUCAGUUUACAGCACAACCGAGAUAAUCGACCGAAAGCAUUUGAAUUCCGGAAUUUCUUACUGUACAUUCAACGAUUCCAAAUAUGCCUACACUGAAUGUGUGGACCGACCGAACACGACAAUGGAAUCUGAGGUCCCUUCAACCAUGCCUACGUCUUUUUCUAUUACUGAAAUUGAUCAAAAUAGUACCUGCAGUGAAGAGCUGGAGAGACAUUGCUGUCGUCCAUCAUACUCAAUUUGGUUACGGAUCGUCAUCGAUGUGGUAGUGAUACUCGUCGCUCUAUUCCUCAUCAUCUUGGUUUUCAUAGUUGUACGUUUUUUGAGAAAGCGUCCGAGAGGCAUGUUCGAUGAAUGGCAGCCUCGCAGCAUCCAUCAAAGAAGAGGGAACGAGUCUAGUGUACACCGAACAGGUGAUAAUCUUAUGAACAGGAAUCAUAGCUAUCGCAAUCUUUCGGAAUCCAGUACCCUUGAUCGUGGACUGGAAUCUAUCGAUCAAGCAUAUGCUUCUGUUACAGCCCAAGGACCGGCAGCAACGGUUCGCUCAUUCGAUGGCGAGAACGGAAAUCAUUAUUGUUCGUUACCAGAUUCAGCUAAAGGUGCAAUGGCAUCAGAGACAUAUCCUUCAAAUACGCCAACCAACAUUCGCAAGUGUAAUUCUGGUGAAGGGGGAAACUCUGAUCCUGAUCUUCGCAUGGCCUCCGACCAAACGGGUAAUCGACAUGCGCGGUCAGAUCUGAAAAGUAAGCCAAACCCUGUUGUCAAGCCAAGACAGAAGGGGCAUUCUGAGGAUUCUAAAGUUGAAAAAAAAUCCCCUGACAAGACAAAACGGAAGUCUUUGUUCGACCACCUGCCAAAACUUCCAAGUUCGCGAAAGCCUUCUAAAUGUGAUGGCACUUUUGUUAAAAGUCCUAUACCAACCAUCGACAGACCAGCGGGUUCCCUAUGUGGGACAGAAGAUAAAGCAAAUACCAACGUGACCGAGUUACUCGAUAGAUGUAUAGUUUCUACCGCUGAAAAAUUUCUUGAAGAUCCCAAGUCAAACACCAUGCCACAUGACAUCUAUGCACUUCCCGAUAAGUCUAGCAAUGGCUCACCAAAGAAGAAGUAUACCAUGCAAGGGGGAGAUUCUGUUGAUAUCGAACUCCAAACAUCUCAUGAAGGGUAUGGAAGAUUCAAUAGGCUCUUCAAAUCUCGCACCAGCGCGAAAAGCGAGCAAAAGCAAGGCGAAGAUUCGUCAUCACCCGAGGAAUAUUCGGUUCUUAAGCCCAAACUGAAGACAUCGGACUAUGACAAGCUGGCACACGGGAAGGACACUGACGGGGCCGCUGCCUCUGACCCAACGUAUAAUAUUGUCGGAGAUGACCCAGGAAGUGCGUUUGAAACCGGCGAGGUCCUAUACGCAGCAGUGGAUGAUGAUGAGUAUGCGGUGGUUGGAGGAGCGACACCCAAUGCCGGCCAAAACGGAGACUACGAGAUGGUCGCACAUGGUCAGAUAGCAUGAAAGAGAAAAGGAAGAAUAUUCAUGAUGGCGCUAUCGAAUAUGAUUUUAUUCGGUUUCGAUAGCUGGGACUUGUGCUGUAUUAUAGACAUGUGUGAUAGGCUGCUUAGCAUUUUAGUAAAAAAGUAUGUAUUUAAAAAGUAUACGGAAGAUACAGAACGAUGGGAGCAGGGGAAGGAGUGGGGGGGUUAAAGAAAAAGUAGUAAGAACAGAAGAUAGUGAUUAGGGAUAAGCAGACGAGACGAAAACGACUGAGAAAUUCUGUGAAACUGAAAGAAAGAAGAAGAAAGAAAGAAGAAGAAGAAGAGAGGAAAACAAAACGGAUUAAUAUCAGAAUGUAAAGAGGAGAAUAAUAUGAUAUAAAAUGGUAUACAUCAUGAACAAUACCAUGUGCACUGUAAAAAAAAAUCACAAAAUCAUAUGAAAACAAAAAUAUCAUGGCACGCAUACCUUGUUUUCAUCUGAAGGUUGUUGAAUCAAUUAAAUGUCGCACCAUAGAAAUUGAGUGAAAUUCAUUUCAGCUCUGCUAAUCACCGCGUCUGCACUAUUGCAAAUUUGCAAUUUAAAUCUUGAUACAGUAUGAGUCUUCCCGCCAAUUUUCGAAAUGUAAGCAUCCGAACAUUCGAUAAUUGAAUGAAUUUGACAUGACAUUGACUGGUAACGUGGAUCGCCAUUUGAGAAGCAAAUACUGUUCGAUUUGAUAUUUUUGAUAAUGCGAUUAACUUUUUAUUAGAUAAACGCGUGAAGAGUAUUCAAAUUCUCACGAACAGUAUUCGAAUUCCCACAGGCCACAAGGUGGUGAAGGUUCCGGCCAUCAAUUUCACGAACAGGCAUACAGUUUUCACAUCUGUUCAAUGUAUUUCAUUACUGUUGUACUGUUACGAAUAUUUUUUUUUUCAAAAAAAAUUAUAGAUGUGGAAGAAACAAAAUAAUGAAAAUUAUCAUUUUUUAAUCGAGG